AAUUUUAUGGGCGAGAUUGGUAUGUUUACAUAUUGCUGGAUUGAUUUGGUACUUGUAUCAAGGUUCAGUAUUGUUUUUAUUGAUCGUUUGUUGUGGGAACUAAUCAUCCAACCAAAUUGGAAGUGAACGUACCUAAAUUUGGAGGAUACUUUCUGCUUCUGCAUAAAAUAUACUUUUUGUUCGAGAACCUGAAACACAAAUCGCGUUGAUUUAUUGAUCCUUCAGUAACCAAGAAAUCUGCUACAAUUGAUACUGGAGAAGCAGAAGUAUACUUCACUUUCGAGAUAAUCUGAUUGUCUGACAAGCUUCAUUUGCAACAAACAUAUUUUUUUUGGUAAUCUGACCAAUUUGGAGUUUAAUCUAGCACUUGAUCAUAAGCAACUAGAAAAGCGAAAUGGAAGCAAAAGAAAGAGUCGAUGAUACAGAAGAAAAAGAAGUAUGGAGUUGGGGAGCAGGUACAGAGGGACAACUAGGAACUGGCAAACUUCAAGACGAGCACAUUCCUCAACUCCUCCCUAUUCUCUCUUCUUUAUCUCUCUUGUCUUGUGGCGGGGCUCAUGUCAUUGCUCUCACUCCUGGUAAACUGGUGUUGACUUGGGGAAGGGGCACAUCUGGUCAACUUGGCCAUGGGAAUCUGGUCAAUAGCUUAGAACCAAAACCUGUAGAUCUUUUAAAUAACUACAAUAUAACCCAUGUCUCAGCUGGUUGGAACCACUCGGGUUUUGUUUCAGAAUCUGGACACCUAUAUACUUGUGGUGACGGCUCAUUUGGUCAGCUUGGGCUGGGUGAUUACAGGUCACAGAAUUGUCCGAUAAAAGUCUCAUGCUUUGCAUUUAGGCAUGUUGAGCAAAUUGCAUGCGGGAUGCGCCAUUCACUAGCUUUGUUGAAAGGUGAACAUGGAGACCAAGUAUAUGGUUUUGGAUCCGGGAAGCGUGGUCAAUUAGGAACAUCUAACGAGAAAAUCAAAUCUAUAAGUCUUCCACAGAGUGUUUCUGGAUUGGAGGAGGUCAACGUUAGUAGUAUCAGUGCAAAUGGAGAUCAUAGUGCAGCAUUAUCUGCUGAUGGGCAUUUGUACACUUGGGGAAGAGGGUUCGGUGGUACUCCAGAUGUUUCUUGUCCCAAUCGAGUGAUUUCACCAUUCUCAUUUACGCAGGCUACCCUUGGGUGGAAUCAUGCCUUGGUACUAACAGAUGAAGGGGAAGUUCUUAUGCUUGGUGGCAGCCAUCACGGGGUUCAUAACAACCCUCAAAAGGAAAAUUUGGCGAAUCAGGAUUCAAACGAUGUCCAUUUACAGAAAAUUCAUGGUCUCAACGGGAUAAAAGUUGCAGGAAUUGCAUCAGGGGCAGAACACUCCGUCCUUACCACAGAAAAUGGAGUGGUAAUGACGUGGGGAUGGGGUGAACAUGGUCAGCUUGGUUUAGGAUGCACAUCUGACCACACUAGUCCUCAGGUCGUAAGAUUGGGCGAAAAUAUUGCACACAAACAUAUGACGUCAAAAGUCUACUGUGGAAGUGGUUUUACGUUCGUUGUUCGGACUCAGAGAGGGAAACGAUAUUAGAAAGAGCAUAACGAGUGGUGGGAUGGCAAGCAUUGGCUUAUCGUUUGCAUGCAUGAUGCAUACUUUUCUUUUGGUAACUGUGGAUGUUUAUGUCAGCCUGUGUGUAUCUUCAUUAAUCCUAUGCCUCCUGAGGAGUCUCAAACUGAGGACAUACUUGCAGUUUUUGGUGCUUGAGGAUAUGGCCACCAAUAUAAAAGAUUGAAUGUAAAUGAACAAAUGAGACCAUUGUUCAUGUUUGUUUAUAUAUUUAAAUGAGCAAAAGAAAGUGUCCAU